AUGACUGCGGACGGGCCAGCACAGAUACAACCCCUCAACCCGUAUGUUCGCCAGGAGGCCGAAACGAUAGCCUGGACUGAAGGUGUGGAGACGGUGGUGUGCAGCGAGGGUGGCAUCAAUAUCGGCUUCAUUAACGAUGGCGACUACAUCAAGGUCAAGGGUGUUGCCUUUGGCGAUGGUGCAACCUCGUUUCAUGCCCGUGUCGCCUCUGCGACCAACGGUGGCGCCAUUGAGCUCCGUUUGGAUGCUGGAGACGGCACAGUAAUUGGCACUUACAUUGUUCCGAGCACUGGCGGCUGGCAGACCUGGAUAACAGUUGAUUGCCCUGUUACUGGGGCAAUUGAUACUCACAAUCUUUUCUUUCGCUUCGUAGGAAAUGGCACGAACUACCUCUUCAACUUCGAUUGGUGGGAGUUUGACAAUAGCAGCGAAAAGUAG